CCUCCCCUCCUAUCCUCUCUCUCUCUCUCCCUCUCCAUCUUCCGUCUCUCUGUAAAAAUCGCCAUUACAGCUCCGGUGGGAGUUCUCGAAGAUUCUCAACAAAUUUACAGCGCCGGCCCUUCUGCGAGAAUCUCUUUCCGAUCUGGGUCUGCUUUAGAACUGGGAUGAUAGGAAGAAAACCGAAAAAAGUUGCUGUUUCUUUUGUGCCUGAUGGGCAACACUGGAGCCUGAGUUGGUUUUCCUUUGUUCUUCAAUGAUAUCUGUUAUGCCGAUGUAUAUGACUGAGGCGAAAUUGACUAAUAAGAAGUAAAGGAAUUGGAAUUGGUGGGGAAUUAGGUGGAAGAAUCAAAUUGGAAGAGCAGAAAGAUGGAAAUGCAACAAUACUGUGCACAUGAAUGGAAGUCCAUCUUAGGUGCAACAGCCGAUUCUGAAAAUUCUAAAGGCGGCUUUGACUGCAACAUCUGCUUAGACUUUGCACACGAGCCAGUGGUCACCCUCUGUGGCCAUCUGUACUGCUGGCCUUGCAUCUACAAAUGGCUUCACGUCCAGAGCGCCUCCCUUGCUUCUGAUGAGUGCCCUCAGUGCCCUGUUUGCAAGACCGAGAUAUCACACACCACCAUGGUCCCCCUUUAUGGCCGUGGCCAAACAACUUCAGAAGCUGAGCUCAAAGGAAAGGCACCCUCCCGGGGAAUAAUAAUACCUCCCAGACCAUCAGCAUGGGAUGCACAAGCUCUUCUAUCUAACUCACCUCGUAAUGGUCAGCAACUUCCAUAUCGUAACCCUUAUCAGAACCAACAAUAUAGCUCUCAUCCCUACAGCAGUUAUGAGGAACAAUCUUCCUCACCACUGCUUAGCCUCGGAGGCACAACGUUAGCUGGUAUCAACCAUCCGAUGGCUGGUCUAUUCGGGGAGAUGGUUUAUGCAAGGGUGUUCGGAAACUCUGAGAGCUUAUACGCGUAUCCAAAUUCGUACCACCUAACGGGCAGUAGUAGUCCAAGGUUGAGAAGGCACGAGAUGCAGGCAGAAAAGUCGCUAAACAGAAUUUCUUUCUUCCUCUUCUGUUGCUUGCUUUUGUGCCUUAUUGUUUUCUGAAUAUAGUGUAGUAGUAUAUAGGUCAUUCUUCCUCUCCCUCCAGCCAUUUUGUAUACUGUAUAAAUAGGUAUGAACGUCCUCUUGAAUAUAAAUAGAUGAGAUGAGAUGUGCAUUAUAUGAGAGUAAUAUUAGAGCUUUUGUCGAGAGUCAUCGACAUUUCCAUUUC